AUGCCAAGCUCCCGUCAAACCGAACAAAAGAUCAACAACAACAUCGAAAAGGCUUCCAACGUUGCCCAGGAUGAAGUUACACGCCUGAGAGCCGAAUUGGACGAGUUCAAGCGCAAGGCCGGUCCAAAGGUCCAGGAAGCAGAGAACAUCCUUUGCUCUCCAACUGCUAUUGGCUUUUAUCAAGGUCUGGUUGUUGGUGUGGCUAUCGUACUUGGCUAUGCUAAAUAUAAUGGAGGCCUUCGCUUAUAA